GGAAGAGUUUUGAUGUUACACCCGACCUCGCCUUCAAAAUAAAAGCUCUGGGAAGGAAAGAGGCCCCGUCGACUUCCUCCACCACUACACCCCGUCCGCCCAGCAGCAUUCAGAUGAGGACAAUGGACAAUCGGAGCCUGGGGUGAACACAGUGCAGUGUCGUUUACUUAUUUAUGAUGCAUGCAAGGUUUUAUUAGGCGACUUCGACUGCAGAGCAUCGACCACUGUCAACAAGCCCCCCACCGACUGACUACAUCAUGGUGAACCUUUGCUGCCUCUGCUGCGGUGAAAUCCCUCAGCCCCGCCCCCCUGCGUCCGGCCAGGCGGGUGGACCACCGCGGGAACCCCGCUCCUCCGUGCAGCAGCAGCCGCAGCCGCAGCAGCAGCCUGCUGGCUCCGGCCCAGACACCGUGGGGUUGCGAGGGGGCACAAAAAGGGGGCGCGAACGGAGGGAUGUCUAGAGCUGAGCGUGUGAAUGAAAAAGCAGUGAGCUCAUAGUCUGUCUCUCUCUGACAUGCAAAAAAGUGCAGCAUGCUCUCCUCCGACCUGGACUCUGCGGAGGACACGACGGCCAGCGCUCCCAGUGAUGCUGAGGGGGAGGAGAGGGAGCCGGAGGAGCCGGAGCAGGAGCAGGAGCAGGGCCCCCCGGCUGAGAGUGAUGUCCCGGAGGAGCAGCGUCCGGUGCAACAGUCCCUGGGCGCUUGCGUCUGCCGGGAGUCCCAUUGGCGCUGCCUGCUGCUGUCUCUGCUCAUGUACAGCUGCGUGGGCGUGGUGGCCUGGUGUCAGCUCACCCGGGUCACCAAGAUCAGCUUCAACUCCGCCCUCACCUCCUCCUUCACGGCCUCCUUCACCUCCUCCCUUCGAGGCGCGUCUGGGAUGGGCGUUGGGGGACACUCCAUGAUCUACCACGACAGCCCCUGCUCUGACGGCUACAUCUACAUCCCGCUGGCCUUCCUGCUCAUGCUUUACGUGUUGUACAUGGUGGAGUGCUGGCACUGCAGAGCCAGGAGCGAGCUCCAGUGCGAGGCGAAUGUAGACAGUGUGUAUGAGCGCGUGCUGCGGAUGCAGCAGGCCCAGCCCUGCAUAUGGUGGAAGGCUAUCAGCUACCAUUUUGUCCGACGGACCCGGCAGGUCACCCGAUACCGUAAUGGGGACGCGUACACCAGCACGCAGGUGUACCACGAGAGAGUGAACACACAUGUUGCAGAGGGGGAGUUUCACUAUGGCCAUUGUGGGAUGAAAGAUGUGUCGCGCGACCUCAGAGGCCUGGAGGGGCAUCCAGCAACUCGCCUGCGCUUCACGAAGUGUUUCAGCUUCACAGAGGCGGGUCCAGAAAACGAUUACCUCAACCAGAGAGCCAGGUUCUUCUCUGAAAUCGAGGGUUUGGACGAUUACAUGGAAGCCAGGGAGGGGAUGCAGCUGAAGAAUGUGGACUUCAGAGAAAACCUGAUCGCCUUUGUCGACCCAGAGAGGAUGCCAUGGUACAAUUCCCAGGUUGCCUUCUGGCUCACAGCUCUGUUCAUGCUUUCCUGGCCUCUGAGAGUGCUCAUAGAGUAUCGCACUGCAUAUGUCCACUACCGCAUAGAGAAACUAUUUGGGUUAGAGUACAGUCACAGCAGCCCGUCUCCUCUGGAUGAAGACACGCCUGUGGGGAAUAAUACUGGUUGUUCUAUUCCACGAGUGGACACACUGGACAGCACUGAAAUGGAGUGGCACAUACGCUGCAACCGCCAGGUGAUCCCCAGCUACUCAGAGGCCAUGUUGAUAAACAUGAGCACAGCAGACUCUAACUCACUGCAUGACACUGAAUGCACCUCUUCUUCAAACUGCUUCCUGUUGGACGGCAGCCAGGCUCAGAGCUACGGCGCUCUCCAAGGCCAGGGCGAGUGCGAGCAAUGCAGCGAGCUGCCGGAGCGAGGAAACGGGGCAGGCAGGCAGAGGACCAUCACCAGCUCCAGCUGCUCCUCCAUCUUCUCCUGUCGGGGUGCUCUGUUCCAGUCCCACCUCUCUUCGGACACGUCUCGCUUGUCCCUCUGCCGCAUGUACGGCUCCCAACGCACCGUGGCUCUGUGGAGAAGCCACAGCAGCAACCUGACGGAGCCCUGCUGCGUGGACGAGCAGUGCUGCAGGUCCGACUCCAGCCAGCUGGCCCUCAGCGACAGUCCGCCCACGUACAGGGACGCUCGCUUCUUUCCAGUUCUGAUUGUGCAUCGGUCCGAGUGCUGUGGCAGCGAGGAUGGGAGGGAGGUGAGGCGCUAUUACAUUCGGAGAGGGUCAUCCUGUGUGGAGACGUCUCUGUGAAGGAUGAAGAUGAAAAGAGACAGACUGGAAAAAAUCUGCUCAAAUAUGAAGCAAAGGAAGAACUGCAGGUGUGAUGCAUCUAAGUGCAUUGGGACACUCACCUUGCCAUUGUGUGUGUGUGUGUGUGUGUGUGUGUGUGUGUGUGUGUGUGUGUGUGUGUGUGUGUGUGUGUGUGUGUGUGUGUGUGUGUGUGUGUGUGUGUGUGUGUGUGUGUGUGUGUGUGUGUGUGUGUGUGUGUAAAUAAUACCUGUCUGAUGAAGAUGGUGCGUACAUGCCUUUGAUACAUGACACUGCAUGAUCUGUCAUUCCCACAGUUCAUCACAGACACUUCUGGAAAUGGUCUCCCUUCGAGGCGUAUGUAAGAAUAUAAAUGAGGAAAAGAAAAAGUUGCAUGUUGUUACCAAAGGUAUUGUCUUUUUGUGUUAUUCAUAUACAGCAAGGUGAAACCAAAGACAUGUUCUGCUUUUUGUUUUGUUUCUUAUUAUUUACAAAGCAUUUGUCCAUGAGAGAUAUGCAGAGUGGAGAACGUGAAAUGAAUGUUAAUCUACAGGAAAUAAAGAUUGGUUCUGGAGUAUUUCAUUUUAACUGUUUACCUGUACCUGUCAGAUUGAAAUGGAUGUUUUCAAAGUGGAAUUGUAUAAGGAGAAGUCUGUAAAGGUAACAUCCCAGCAUGGUAUUGUGGCUUGACUUGACUCUCUCACUCUCUCAAAUAAGUUAAUUAAAAAAAAGUUUAAAGACAGAACCAUA